AUGGAUACAAACCUAGUGACCAGAUUGAAGAACUGGUGUAGUGGAGAGACAUUAGAUGAAAAUCAUGCUUUACUGACUGUAGUUCCAGAGCACACAGAGAUUGCGCAGAUAGAAGAUGCACUACAGACUAUCAAGUGUCUUGGGCGCGUAAGAGUCAGAGGACGAAUGCUAAGUGACACAGACAAUCAAGUGUUAGUGCUUUGUGAGUGUCGACAAAAAGUGACUGACUCAGCAGUCCCAAAAGAAGUUCGCUCUCCCGAUGGAUUGACAGCAUGGCCAAUUUGUGUAGUAGCUGAAACUCCUGGGGUUGAGGAAGAUUUUGCUGGUAAACUGAAAGCUCUGUUGGAGGCUGAAGGAAAGUCUGCCGAGGAUGUGCAAGCUUUAUUGGCUGGAUCACAGCCAGUGUCUCCUACUGAGUCCAUCUUGCGUGCUGUUGGUGACCUGCUGGACAAAACAGUUAAACCGUCCCCAGAGAAUGCAGGACACCGACGCCUGAGAAUUUUUUCAGGUAACAUCCCCACCCCAGCCGGUGAGGAACAAUUUGACCACUGGUUAGAGCAAGCAUACCUGCUGGUCGAAGAGUGUCCUGGCUCUCCAAAAGAAAAAAGGAGGAGAGUCAUAGAGAGUUUAAAGGGGCCAGCGUUAGAUGUGAUAAAAGCAGUGCGUUUAUCUGAUCCGGAUGUGACCCCUGAAGGAUGUUUAGAGGCGUUAGAGAGUGCCUUUGGACUGGCAGAGUCCGGAGAUGACUUGUAUUUUGCCUUUAGACUGUUGCAGCAACAACCUGGGGAAAAGUUGUCUGAUUUUCUCCGCAGGUUAGAGCGUGCUUUGACAAAAGUUGUACAAAGAGGUGGUAUCCCAGUUAACAGUAUGGACAUCGCACGUGUUGAGCAGCUACUUAAAGGUGCAGUAGAUGCUGACUUAAUGCUAAUUAACCUCCGUCUUAGAGAGAGGAGGACCAAACCCCCAACCUUCCUUGAACUACUGCGAGAAAUUCGCAUAGAGGAAGAAUAUGAAGCUUCCAGAGUUAAGCUGAACCGCUCAGUGAGCUCGGUUCAAGUUAAGCCACAAGCUGACAACAGGCAAUCUGAGAUACAGAGCCUGAAAGCAGAACUCAAAGAAGUAAAAGCCAUGUUUGCAGCACUUGCUACCCAUUCUCCUGCAGAAACAGAGAAGGGUGAAAAGCAGUUGGAUAGCAGAGAGCUAGCUUCAGAGAAUAAUGUGGACCCUGAAGUGGUUGCCCUAAAGAAACAAGUGAAGCAGUUGCAAAAGAAAGUAGGUACACGGCUGUCCUGUCAGGCAGGAGCUUCUCCAACUGUGAUGGCGGUGGGGACUCCAUCAGCCAGGCAGUCACCUGACUCAGAAGAACGCUUUUGUUACCACUGUGGGGAAAAUGGCCACAUAGCGCCAAAGUGUAACAAGCCUGAGAACCAGAACAAGGUUAUUCAGAGACUCCUUGGAGUUCUCAAGAAAACCAGGGGUAAACCCCAACCAGCUACAGGUAAAACCAUCCCCGAAGAAGUGGCUGGUACAAUUAGGAAAAGUGCAGUGGACGUGUUGGAGUCCCAUGGGCUUCCAGAAGGCCUGAUUGGACCACCAUUGAGCCACUGA